AUGAGGUAAGUCAUUGGCUUAAAUUCUAAAUACAUUUAUCGUCAUAUUCCAGAAGAGAGUCCCCUAACGUGGUAUCAUCAUGCACCGACCUGAUCGGUCACUUGCGAAUCCAUCGCACAGAGGCUAGCGAACCAGUGCCUGGAACACCAACCCACACUCGCCACAUUCACCUCCACUGUCCACACUGUCCCCGCACAUUCACUCAUCGAAGGGGCGCAUUCGGUCACUUGCGUAUCCACGACAGCGGAAUUGACCGCAGUCUCGACGCACCUAGCAUCUCCUGCUCAUCCACUCUGCCUAGCCCAACGCACACACCGCCGCCUAGCACAGCCCCCAUCAGCAACUCCACCACUGCCACCAACUCCGAAAUUGACGCGAACAUCGCCGACUACUCCUGUCCACACUGUCCCCGUACAUUCGCCUCAUGCACCGGCCUGGUCGGUCACUUGCGAAUACAUCGCACAGAAACUGGCGAACCAGUGACUGCAGCACCAACAUUCACUAUCACGGCUAUCACGCUGCGCUAA